UGUAUUUCUGAGAUAUAGAUGUGAAUAGAUGCUGUGAAAUUCAUCUCGUCUAAAAUUAACUUGGAAUAUAGAAUAUUUACUAACAGAUGAAAAAUAUGCUGAUAGAAUAUUAGGAGUGUAAUUAGAUCAUCAACAUGGAGUUGGCUCACAGCCUCUUAUUAAAUGAGGAGGCUUUUAAGAGGAUACCUGAUACCAAACGACCUGUUUUUGUGUUUGAAUGGCUCAGAUUUUUGGAUAAAGUUUUAGGGGCGGCUCAAAAAUCGGAUAUAAAGGCCGGUCAGAAGAAAUUAGUUGAACAGUUAACCAAUCAGAUAAGUGAAUCACCCGGUCCCCCAACACGGAAACUAUUAGCUCGAUGUUUGGCCACGUUGUUCAGUGUCGGAGAUACGUUUGAUCUGUUUGAGACGAUCAAUAAAUGUAAUGAUAUUAUACGGAAUAAAGAUGAUAGUCCAAGCUACCUACCAACUAGACUUGCUGCUGUUGCUUGUCUUGGUGCUAUGUAUGAGAAAUUGGGACGUAUGGUGGGGAGAUCCUAUGAAGAAACAGUGCAGGUUCUGAUUAAAUCACUCAGAAACUCUGAGUCUCAAGGUAGAACGGAAGUGAUGUUAACAUUAGAGAAAGUGGUAGCAGGCCUCGGCUCGGCUGGUAAUUCAUGCCAUAAAGAUAUCUAUAAAGCCGCUCGACAAGCGAUGACAGAUCGAUCAAUGUCUGUAAGAUAUGCUGCUGCCAAGUGCAUGUACCAACUGGUAAUCGAAGCUCCGUUCAUGUCAACCAGUGAAUUGGAUAAUGUCUCGUCUCUGUGUUUCCGAGCGUUAGACGGAUCAAAUUAUGACGUAAGAUGCGCUGUUGCUAAAUUACUGGGCAAUUUAAUGGCUGUGGCUCAGGCGCCGAAAGCUAAAUCAAAUAAACUGAAACCUGCCAAGAUUGAUGAUGUUUUAAAUAUAUUGGCGUCUGGCUUUUUAAAAGGAGGAAUUGGUUUUAUGAAGAAUUCGGCAGCAGGGGACUUAAUCAAAGGAAGUGCAAAUAUAAAUCGUGAAAUUCGAGUCGGCGUAACUCAUGCAUAUGUAGAAUUUAUAAAGAGUAUGGGUGGUUUAUGGUUGGAGAGGAAUAUUACUGUGUUUUUAAAUCAUAUAUUUGAGCUGGUCGCCAAUCCAAAAGCUACACCUACUCAUGUUGAUGCUGUGUACGCACGGAAGUGUGUGCUUUUCAUCUUGAGAUCAAUCAUAGGGGGCAUGCUGGGGGAAAAGGCACAAAUUGCUGCGGCUAAGGAGAUUUGUCAGACCAUCGUUAAACAAAUGAAUACAGUCGGUGAAGCUACAGCUGAUGCUGCAGAUGGUAAAACAGCUAAUGCUGAUCUCACGGCUAGUCAGCACGUACUGGUCUGCGCUUUACAUGAAUUAGGUUGUCUCGUAUUAAGAUUGUGUAGUUCUGCUGGUCCUUUAGUUGCGGAACCAGCCACAGGAAUCAUAGAACCGGUGGUGUCUGUAUUAAUCCAUCCAAGUCAUGCUGCCCGUCUAGCAGCUUCAUGGUGUCUGGGUAGUAUAGCUGUAGCACUACCAUCACAGUUGUCACCUUUGCUAGACAGAUGUAUGGAGAGAAUGGAGAAGUUAAAAUCAUCACCAGAAGCUGUAUCUGGUUAUAGUAGUGCUCUAGCUGCUUUACUAGGCGGUGUUCAUCAAUGUCCACUUGGUAUACCACAUGCCAAGGGAAAGUUAAUAUUUGCGAUAGCUGAAGAACUACUUCGUACAGCUUCUCAGAACAGUCGUCUGUCCCUACAGAGAACACAAUCAGGCUGGUUAUUGUUAGGAGCAUUGAUGACUUUAGGUACCCCUGUGAUACGAAAUCAUUUACCAAGAAUGUUAUUGCUGUGGCGUAAUGCAUUCCCUCGAUCAACACGUGAACUUGAAUCUGAGAAAGUACGAGGAGAUGCCUUCACCUGGCAAGUGACGUUAGAGGGUCGAGCAGGAGCAUUAGGAGCCAUGCAGAGUUUCCUGUUACAUUGUCGUGAAUUAGUGACUGAAGAUGUUAUCCGUCGUUUAUUAGCUCCAUUAGAUUGUGCUCUAUUGAUGUUAUCACAAUUGCCAAGUGUUAUUAAGUUAUAUGGAAGUCAUCUAAAGGCUAGUACAGCUAUGGUUAGAUUACGAUUAUAUGAUGUUCUUACUUUAUUACCACCAGAAUCAUUUGACGCUAUGUAUCCUAGUCUGCUCCGAGAACUUGUGGGAGAAUUUACGUUAACGGAUAACCCAGCAAACACAACUACGUCAAUGCUACGUUCAAUGUGUCACGUUGAUGAUAGUGUUAUACUUGGAUCGUGGUUACAGGAAACGGAUCACAAGGCCAUCGAGGACCAGAUUGAACCAAAUCGUAGGGUGGAUAAAGAAGUUUUACAACCAAACAGUGCAUCUGGUUCAGGAGCUUUAGAACAUGAUUCACAGUCAUUAUACGCAAAAUGUCCUGCUGGAGAACCUAUACCUGGUCCCUUACCACUAGGUGUCGCUGUUAUUGACAGUUCCGUGAAAUUAUAUGGUUUAAUAUUUCCCCGUGUAGCGUUUAAACACCGUCUACAGAUGUUACAACAUUUCAAUGAGUGUAUAAAACAAGCUAAGUCUGUCCGACAACAGGCCGUACAGAUGAACAUCUUCUCAGCUGUUUUAUGUGCUCUUAAGAGUUUAUCAGAAAAUAAGGCUAAUCUAGGACCAGAUGAUGUGAAAAAAGCUGCCUUUUCUCUUAUUAUGGGAGCUUUAAGCAACUCUAAUCCUAUUUUGCGUUGUGCAUCCGGUGAGGCUUUAGGUAGAAUGGCUCAAGUUGUAGGUGAUAGUAGGUUUAUAGCUGAAAUGGCACAAUAUAGUUUUGACAAAUUAAAGUCUGCUAGAGAUGUUGUGAGUAGAACUGGUCAUUCUCUAGCGUUGGGUUGUUUACAUCGGUAUGUUGGAGGUAUGGGAUCAGGUCAACAUCUGAAUACAAGUGUCAGCAUAUUACUCGCUCUAGCUAAAGAUUUUAACUCUCCCGUUGUACAGGUGUGGGCAAUACAUGCGUUGGCUUUGAUAGCUGAUUCUGGUGGUCCAAUGUUUAGAAGUUACGUGGAACCAACUUUAGCCUUAGUAUUACAGUUAUUACUGACAGUCACGCCCUCUACCGUGGAUGUACAUCAAUGUCUAGGAAAAUGUCUCUCAGCUUUAAUCACAUCGAUUGGUCCAGAAUUACAAGGCAAUACAGCAUCACUAGCUACAGCAAGGUUAUAUUGUAUGGUGUGUUGUGCUAUAAUGUAUGAUCAUCCUGAUUCUCUAGUAGAAGCAGAAGCUAUCACUUGUUUACAACAGUUACACAUGUUCGCUCCCAGACAUGUUAAUCUGACUUCACUUGUACCACAACUCUGUGAUACAUUAAUGAGUUCUCACCUUUUAUUAAGAAGAGCCGCCGUGGCAUGUUUACGACAACUUGUGACUCGUGAAGCAAAAGACAUCAGUGAACAAGCUUUAAAAUUAUCUGGCGAAGGAACAAACGGUAAAAAAUGUGAAUAUAUAACAGAUAGUGGAUUAGAAGGAACGUUAUUUGGUAUGUUAGAUACAGAGAUUGAUGAACAGUUGGUAUCAGACGUACAGGAUACAAUCGUUAGUUUACUACAGACGCUGGCUACUGCUAAUUUAUCAAGAUGGAUUAAACUAUUGAAAGAUGUCCUCUCGGCUUCUACGGAUACAACAAGCGCAGGUACACAGGACGAUGAUGGUGGAGCAGGAGAUAAAGAUGAUGAUGAUGAUGAAAAUGAUGAUGCCACAUUUACCACUAGUACUGUAGACAUCACUCAUCCAGCCGUAGCACCAAGAUGGCCGACCAGGGUAUUCGCUGUGGAAUGUUUGAUGAAGAUAAUAAUAGCUUGUGAAGAGGAGGAUGUUCAAUUUGAUUUGGCCGGAGCUAAACAGUUAAAGGAAAAAACUGGCAAUGGAAAUUAUCUAGCUCUCCAUCUGUCGGAUCUAAUCCGAAUGGCGUUUAUAUCGGCUACAUCAGACAGUAAUGAACUACGUCUGGCUGGUUUAUCGGCUCUUGAGAAAGUAAUAACCAGGUUUGCUUCUGUACCUGAACCAGAGUUUCCAGGUCAUGUGAUAUUAGAACAAUAUCAGGCACAAGUUGGUGCUGCACUACGACCAGCAUUUUCACCAGAAACACCAUCUGAUGUUACUGCUGCUGCUUGUGAGGUUUGUAGUACGUGGAUAGGAAGUGGUGUGGCUAGAGAUUUAAAUGAUUUACGUCGAGUACAUCAACUACUCGUAUCAUCUCUAGCUAAACUAAAUACUGGUAAAUCACACACACCUAUAUAUAAUGAAAGUGCUUCAACUAUGGAGAAGUUGGCUGUGAUACGAGCUUGGGCUGAGGUUUAUAUCGUUGCUGUAAAUAAAGAAAAAGAAAAAACACAGAAACCCAAGUUAAAAACAGAAGAUGAAGAUGAGUACACAGAAUAUACCACAGAAAGUCUACUUAGUUUGGUACAACCAGAGUUAGCUGCCCUUAGUAAUCAUUGGUUUAACGCCCUGAAAGAUCAUGCUCUAUUGGCUUUACCUUCAGAAUACUCAAGUCAGUUACCACCCGAUGGCGGCGCUUUUUAUCAUCCAGACACAAUAGAAUCAACCAAACAACAUUAUAAAAAAUCAUGGCCUCCGAUACUUUAUGCUUUAUCUCUGUGGUUAAAUGAGAAUAGUUUUGCGGAACUCAGUGGUAAAUUAAUUGGAGGGAUGGGAUCACAAGCUGUCAAUCUACAACCAGCUAAUGCACCUGCUAAUAUGAACCCAGAAGAACUUAAUCAAGAUAAACUUUAUCUUAUACUUGGUAUUUGUAUGGAGUCGUUAUGUAGUCCGACAUCCAGGUUAGCAGAUGAUACUGUAGGUCAGUGUCUGAGAGGUUUAUAUGCACUAUUAGAUACAAGAUGGCCACGACAACAGUUAGCUGAAGAUCCGGUACUUUGUAGAGAAUUAUUAAACGUAAUGCACAGGGUUAUUUUAACAAGAGAUGGUGUAGAAUUACAUACAAUAGCUCUAGAUGUUGUUAAACAAGUUGUAUUAGCUGCUCAAGAAUGUUUAGAAGCUGAAAAAACUGUAUUAAAAGAAAAGGGUUUACAAUCAACAGAGACCAGUACUGAUUCUAUGAGUAUGACCGACAGUAUUUACAGUAUUGGUGAAGGAAGCGAUUCGGGAGAUAUCUUACCAGAGAAAUCCAUUGUAUUUGCUACGUUGGAGGUUUGUCUGUGUGUGAUGGUCCGACAAGUUCCUGCGUUAAAUCCGUCGGCACCUACUACCGGGUUCCAGAUUCCCACCAAUUUAAAUAAAUUAACUGAUGAAUCUAUUUCACUGAUGGGUUCAUCUAUAACAGUUAUGUGUGGUCUUCCAACUCUGUGCACACCUCAAGGAGGUAUUUCUAUUUUACCCACAAUCCUUCAUCUAACUGUAAACGCUAUGAGAGAGAUAUGUUCAAGAUCAUCAGAGCGUAAAUUUCCUGUAUUUACUAAUGCUGUUUUACAAGGUUUACAGUCUCUGUGUACGUCACCUCUCAGUGAAGUUGAUGUUGUUCAUUCUGAGUGGCAGAAUAUGAUACAGAGUGCUUUAGCUACUAUAAUACACUAUGGAAAUCCAGGAGAUGAUCAUGCUGGCAUUGAUCUAGAGACCUUGUUAUUAACAUUGGCUGUAUUUACACUGUCAUGUCCUAAAGAGGUUACUGGUGUACAGAACUUACAGACUCCUACACUAGAAAUAUAUAAACAGGCUUGGGCGUCAGAUAAUAUAGAGCUGAAAACGAAAUGUGUGCAGACGGUUAUUUCGAUACUCCAGUUACAAGAAAUAAAAAUCUCCACACCAUACAUCCACGCAUUAUCACCGAAAAUAAUAGAAUAUUUAUAUACAAUUUGUAAUAAACGACCUAAUACAGAAGCUGAACUUAUAUUAGUGAUAGAAGCUAUCAGAAUGUUAGAAAAUUUAAUUUCUAUGGCGGAUGAAAAGAAACGUGUGACCCUGGUGGCUCUACUAGUUCCCAUUCUAGUAUCAUAUCUAUACGAGGAGAAACAAAUAGACGCAGCAAGUAAAACAUCGCAAGCCUUACAUCAACAAGCUUUAACUAAACUCAUGAAGAUUGGACCCCAAUAUCCUGACGAAUUCCGCACCGUCAUGACUACUUACGCAGACUUAAAACCUCGCCUAGAAGCCGCCAUUAAAUUGAACGAAGCAACUAAAUUAAAGAGAGCACAGCCUGUAGCUAAGAAUCUAGCCCAACCUGCCAAGCCAACUAUCACGUUAAAAACAAACUUUGCUAAUUUUGCUGCAAGUUAAUGCACGAAACUAAUGGAUUGUAAAUAAUUGUGUAUUUAUAAUAUCGUUAUUAAGAUAUUAACAUCUGAUAUUAAACUAUUAGUGCUACUGAUGUACAGUGUAUAUAUAUGUAAUUGACUUUGAGUCUGGACCGAACAGCAACUGAGCGACGUGGAAUGGGAUUAUGUCAUUGUUUAAUAAUAAUGAUAAUAAUAAUAAUAUCAUCAUUUUUAAAGGGCGUUAACACUGAAGAUCGGUUUCUAAGGUGCUGUUGGCUGUUACAUUCACUGAUUAUUUACAAAUCAGGGUUUUGAAACAAGAAUGUUUUGAGUUGAGAUUUAAAACGGCCCACAGAAGUUAAUUGUUUAGGAUCCUGUCACUGUGUAAGUGUAUAGGUAAUCUAUUUUGAAUCCGGAUCGUUCCAAAAUUGACAGAACGACAUGGUGUAUGAUCUUGUCACCGUUCUGUCAGUCCAAAAUGUCUGAUGUAGUCAGAGUAGAAUCGUUGCUUAAUGAAAUAGUCUGAAAUGUCUGAUGUAGUCAGAGUAGACUCAUUGCUUAAUGAGAUAUUUUCUUAUUGAGUCUUGUGCAUUCUCCAGCAAAUAAUCU